AUGGUCCCCCUGCACGACACGGGCAGGUGCUCGACCGGGGAGCAGAAGGCGGCGGCGGUGUUCCAGGUCCUCCAGAUGGACCCCACCUUCGUCGGCGGAGACCUGGAGUACAUGAGGGCCGAUCUCUUCUCGGGAUCAAGGCUUUACAUCACGUCCUGCAGCCUCACAGACCAUUGA